AUGGAGAGCAGAGUGGAGGGGCAGAGUCUCGUCAUUCAGUGUCCCUACAAUGCACAGCAAUACAGUGAAAUGGGGAAAACCUGGUGCCAACUAAGAGAGAAGAGCUGCUUUCUCUUAGUGAGCACCUCUUACACAUCACCAGGCAGAUACAAAAACAAGGUUACGGCUGGAAGAGCCACGAUACAGGAUGACACCAGCAAGGGGACUGUGACCAUCACCAUGGAGAAGCUGGAGGUGCAGGACUCCGGAGUGUACUGGUGUGCAGUCCUUGGCUCUUCUAAUACAGUGCAGCAACUAAAGGCCAUUACACUGGAUGUUUACAAGGUCCAGGAGUACAAUGCCUUGGAGGGGCAGAGUCUCUCUGUCCAGUGUCCGUACAACACAGAACUUUACAAAAAGGCACAGAAAGCCUGGUGCCAAAGGACAGCUCAGAGUACAUGUGCUGACUUGGUCAGCAUUGAUGAUGGGCUCGUCACGUACCAUAACAGGGCUCAGAAUGGCAAAGCCAUGAUCUAUGACAACACCCAGACCGGGACUGUUACUGUCACCAUGGAGAAGCUACAGACAGACGAUGCCGGGGUGUACUGGUGCACGCUCUACGAGCCUCCCAAUCUUUACCUACUAAUUGAAGUUAAACUGACUGUUACCAAGGGUUUAGCAAGGACUCUCUUCCCAAGUACUGAGUACACAACACCUGUUCUUCACUCCAACUCCACAAACUUCAGCUACAGCCAAGAAUCACAGAAUAUCAACUCCCUGGACUUGAGAUCUGCCUUCCUUUGGCUGGGAGUCAGUGCCCUGAUCAACAAGGUCCUGAUAGCUGUGAUAAUGGGUCUCCUAGUGAGAAGAAGAAACCACCGCGGAGAAGGCGCCCAGACUCCUGGCCCCCGUGGCAGCUGAAGGAAGCUCUGGAGACCUGUCUGAAGCAUGAGAAGGAGACACAUUUCUCCUCCUCCAGAAGUGCCUCUGUACAUGAGUUACCUCUGCCCAUGCACUGAGCAGUAGCAGGUGCCCUUCUCCACACCAUAGCUAACCCUUCAUUAUAAUAUAGCCCACCUCCUCUCCACACUGCAUACCCCAGGUUUUAUACAAGAUAACAUGGAGAGGUUGCCCCUUACUUAAGCUUCCCUUCACCCCUCAGGCAGCAUGAGCUGGGC